AUGGAUUCGAUUGUACCCUGUCUAGAACUGAAUCUGUAUACUGAACCUAAUUCUUCUUCAUCCAUAAACACCCCAAAAAUCACCCCCAAAAUCGAACCCUUUGAUGAACACCCACCAUUUCUACCCCCUACAACCCACCUCCCCACCCACCAAUACCGCAUCGCCCGUCCGCCACCUAAACCAGAGGUAUCGUCGGAAUUCAACCGCAUUUCGGAGCUAUUUCGCUCCACUUUCGCCCAACGACUCCAGAAGUACGGUGACGUAGCCGUGCUUCCUGACGCAGACCCAAAUUCGGGCGCUAUAGUUCCUUGCAACAAUCCUGAAACCCAGGCUGGUAAUGUUGUUAUUUCGCCACGUGGUGGCCGCAAACAAGACCAGCGCUCGUCGGAGCUUGUCCGGGUUACGGAUCUUAGACCCGAGGCCCAUCGUUGUUUCCGGGGUGAAAUUCGUCGGACCCGGUUGUUGUUCGACUCCCUGCGCGCCUUCUUGAUAGCAGAUAUUGAGAAAGACCGUGAUUCUUUGACCCCUCAGAGAUGGCGAAGAGUGGAUUUGAAGGUAGCGCAGCUUAUGAAGAACCAAGGCCUCUGGUUAUAUCGAGACAAGAGGAUUGUGGGUGCUAUCCCUGGAGUUUCAAUUGGUGAUGUUUUCUUUUUCAGGAUGGAGCUGUGUGUUGUCGGAUUGCACGGCCAGGCACAAGCCGGGAUUGAUUAUGUCCCCGCGAGUCAGAGCUCGAAUGGGGAACCCGUAGCCACAAGCAUCAUUGUAUCAGGGGGUUAUGAAGAUGAUGAGGAUGCUGGGGACGUGAUAAUUUACACUGGGCAUGGCGGGCAGGACAAACAUAGCAGGCAGGUUGUGCACCAGAAGUUGGAAUGUGGUAACUUGGCCUUGGAGAGGAGCAUGCAUUAUGGCAUUGAGGUGAGAGUUAUUCGCGGUAUUAAAUAUGAAGGUCGCGCUCCUGGUAAAGUUUACGUUUAUGAUGGUUUAUAUCGGGUAACUGAUACUUGGUUUGAUGUGGGGAAGUCGGGGUUUGGGGUUUAUAAGUUCAAGCUUGUUAGGUUUGAAAAUCAGGGACAAAUGGGAAGUGUUGUGUUGAAGUUUGUGGAGAGUCUUAGGACUCUGCAGUUGGAUGCGUGGCCAAAAGGUUAUGUUUCACUUGAUUUGUCGAGUAAAAAGGAAAACAUGCCCGUGUUUUUCUUUAAUGAUAUCGAUGAGGAUCAUGAGCCACUUUACUAUCAGUAUCUUACCACAACACGUUUCCCUUUGCACGUCUAUGAUCGUGGUGCAAAGGGGAUUGGCUGUGACUGCGUUGGUGGGUGUUUGGAUGUUUGCUCUUGUGCAAAUAAAAACGGGGGAGAGUUUGCGUAUGAUCUGAAUGGGAUUUUGGUGCGUGGAAAACCAUUAAUUUUUGAGUGUGGUCCCCACUGUCAGUGCCCUCCUACUUGUAGGAAUCGUGUGAGCCAAAAGGGGCUAAGGAAUAGGCUUGAAGUAUUUAGGUCCCGGGAGACUGGUUGGGGAGUGAGGUCGUUGGACGUAAUCCAGGCAGGCUCUUUUAUUUGCGAAUUCACGGGAAUUGUACUAACGCAAGAGCAAGCCGAGAUUUUCACGAUGAACGGUGAUAGUUUGGUGCACCCAAGUCGAUUUCCAGGAAGAUGGGCUGAAUGGGGUGAUUUAUCACAGAUAUUCUCUGACUAUGUUCGCCCUGCAUAUCCAUCAACCCCUCCUUUGGAUUUUGCCAUGGAUGUAUCAAGAAUGAGGAAUGUAGCCUGUUACAUGAGCCAUAGCUCCAGCCCCAAUGUUAUAGUGCAGCUUGUGCUGUUUGAUCACAACAAUAUAUCUUUCCCUCACCUCAUGCUGUUUGCUAUAGAGAAUAUCCCUCCGAUGAGGGAGCUCAGUCUUGAUUAUGGGAUGACUGAUGAAUGGACAGGGAAGCUUUCUGAUACAUUAUAUGCUAAGGAAUUACGUAUGGCGCAACAAUUUUUGCUGAUUCUACUUAAUCUAGUUGUUGCCUUGUGCAGACAGAAAUUUGGCAUUUGCGUUUUUGGCAGCCGAUUUUGA